GCUGGCACUUUGAGGUACGACCCCCAGACUGCCCGCUGGGCCUGCUUGGCCAAUCUCAUCACUCCACGCAGCUUCUUUGGCUCCUGGUCUGCCCGGGGAGAAAUCUUCGUGGCGGGCGGCAAUGCGGCAGAGCUUGAAGAGAUCAAAUCAGCGGAGGUCUUCCAGCCAGAGAGUGACAUGUGGCAGUCCAUCCCACCUCUGCCCUCGGCACUGUCCAGCUUUGGGGCGGCGUGCUUUGGCGGGACUCUGUUUCUGACGGAAGGGUGGCAGUGGCCGUUCCACUUCUCACCUCGUGGAUUCUCCUGUCCUCUUUAUAAGCUCUUCCGGGAUAAGGGAAGGGAGGACCUUAGUGCGCCAGGUAGAACGGGAGAAGUUUCGGGAGGUUGGAGAGGAGCGGAGGGAGGGGGAGAGGGAGGGGAGACGUAGGGUAGGAGAGAUUCAAGGAUUUGAAAACCCUGGGGGAGAGGCAGCAACAGGAGUUGGUGAGCGUGGUGGGAGGAGGGCAUUGGAAGGCAGUGAUGAGGCUGUCGCAGCAGCUGAAGCAACUGAGGAUGUGGAUGUGGAAGGGCCGUGGGAGUCCAUGCGCGAGGGGCAUGGCGGAGGGGUGGACAGGAGUGGGUGCCGUGGUGCACGGGACGCUUGUCACGCUGGUGCAGGAGGGGCAGACGCGCAGCCUCUUUUCCUAUUGCCCGGGUACUGACAAGUGGCAGCAGCUCAUUGGCCCACCAUUGCCCCUAUUCCUGCGCCCACCCCUGCGUAUAACCGUGGAAGAAUGGGGCGUGCAGAGGGAGAGUGGCAAUGGCUACACAUAUGAGGAGACUAGGCUCCGGGUUGACUGGUUGUAGCAACGAGGAGAUGUUUCUUCGUCAAAACUUGCUCCAGAUGCAUGUGUUGUUGUAGUGAUGUGAUAUUCUUGAUUCAGUUAUGUCAAUGCAAGCCUU